AUGGUCAAAGCCAAGCCAACAUUCGGUGGCCGAUCCCCAGCCCCAGAGGGGGCCAGGGGCAAUGGCAAGCCUCGUCGCUCCCACGUCCCACUUAUCAGCAAUGUCGCUCAGUGGCCAGAACUUGGCUCGAAUCCUAAGAUCCAGAUCAGGCUAAGCUCGUUUGGUGUGAUCUUGUGGCUUCAUCGAAGUUGUGGUGUUCUCGACUUCAUCCUUUGCAAGCGCGCCUCCGUCGACAGCAACGGCGGAACGCGACAAUUGUGGCGCAUCUAUGACGGUGUGCUCGCCAACGGCUCUGGCGAUCAAUAUCACGAGAAGCAUGAUUAUGUAAACGAGGAGGCCAUGUCCGGACACGAAAUCGACGAAGAGAUUGACGAAGAGGAAGACGAGGACAUCGAUGCUCUUAUUGACGAACUUGAAUCCCAAGAUGGAGACAACGCUGACUACGAAGAAGAAGAGGUCGAUCAACCGGGCGGAGCGCGCGUCAUUCCUGAAGAUCUCCUCCAAACAGAUACACGCAUGGGCCUCAAUUCCGCCGAUGUCCUAUUUCGUCGGAAGAAGUUUGGCUACAACCAAAUGAAAGUAGAGGAAAAGGAAAAUUUGUUCGUAAAGUUCCUCAUGUUCUUCGUUGGUCCCAUUCAAUUCGUCAUGGAAGCCGCUGCAAUCCUAGCCGCGGGGCUUCAAGACUGGGUCGACUUCGGUGUCAUCUGCGGACUGCUCCUUUUGAACGCUUGCGUUGGCUUCAUACAAGAAUACCAAGCUGGUAACAUCGUCGACGAACUGAAGAAGACACUUGCGCUCAAGGCUACUGUGCUUCGAGAUGGCGUCUUGGUGGAGAUCGAGGCACCUGAAGUGGUUCCUGGUGAUAUCCUGCAGGUGGAGGAGGGCAUCAUUGUCCCAGCUGACGGGCGUAUCGUCACACAAGGUGCCUUCCUGCAGGUCGAUCAAUCGGCAAUUACCGGCGAGUCAUUGGCAGUCGAUAAACGCAGAGGCGAUACCUGCUAUGCAUCAUCCGCAGUCAAAAGAGGUGAAGCCUUUUGUGUUGUCACUGCAACGGGUGACUCUACGUUUGUCGGGCGGGCGGCUUCCCUUGUCGCCAGUGCCUCUGGCGGAACUGGCCACUUCACCCAAGUCCUACACGACAUUGGUACGACCCUGCUUGUCUUGGUCAUCUUUACGUUGCUCGUUGUCUGGAUAAGCUCUUAUUAUCGAUCGAACGGCAUCGUCCAGAUUCUUAAGUUCACCCUGGCGAUUACUAUCGUCGGUGUACCGGUCGGUCUUCCUGCGGUGGUCACAACUACCAUGGCUGUUGGUGCCGCCUACUUGGCCAAAAAGCAAGCUAUCGUACAGAAACUCUCCGCGAUCGAGUCCCUGGCUGGCGUUGAGAUUCUUUGUACGGACAAGACGGGAACACUCACCAAGAACAAACUGUCACUAUCUGAGCCAUACACUGUUGCAGGCGUCGAUCCGGACGAUCUCAUGCUCACUGCAUGUUUGGCAGCCUCUCGCAAAAAGAAGGGCAUCGAUGCAAUUGACAAGGCUUUUCUCAGAUCGCUCAGGCAUUACCCACGUGCAAAGAACGCGCUUAGCAAGUACAAGGUCAUCCAGUUUUCGCCCUUCGAUCCGGUUUCGAAGAAAGUGCAGGCCGUUGUAGAGUCUCCACAGGGCGAGCGCAUAGUCUGUGUCAAAGGCGCCCCACUCUUUGUCCUUAGAACAGUCGAAGCAGAUGACGCUGUACCAGAGCACAUUGCCGAUGCUUACAAGAACAAGGUUGCAGAAUUUGCAACCCGUGGCUUUCGAUCACUUGGGAUUGCCCGCAAGAGGGAGAACAGCUCUUGGGAGAUCUUAGGCAUCAUGCCAUGCUCCGACCCACCACGACACGAUACAUUCCGCACUAUCAAUGAGGCGAAGACCCUCGGUCUCUCCAUCAAAAUGCUAACUGGGGACGCUGUCGGGAUUGCUCGAGAGACGUCGCGCCAGCUCGGACUAGGCACCAACAUCUUCGAUGCCGAAAAGCUCGGCCUUGGAGGUGGCGGUGAGAUGCCCGGCAGUGAAGUGUACGAUUUUGUAGAGGCAGCUAAUGGCUUUGCUGAGGUCUUCCCUCAACACAAGUACAACGUCAUCGAGAUUCUGCAACAACGCGGUUAUCUUGUCGCAAUGACAGGCGACGGAGUAAAUGAUGCGCCAUCACUGAAGAAAGCGGAUACUGGAAUAGCUGUUGAAGGCGCAUCAGAUGCAGCUCGCUCUGCUGCCGAUAUUGUCUUCCUUGCGCCUGGCCUCUCCGCUAUCAUCGAUGCCCUAAAGACGUCACGACAAAUCUUCCAUCGCAUGUACGCCUAUGUUGUUUACCGCAUCGCGUUAUCCCUCCAUCUUGAGAUAUUCCUUGGUCUCUGGAUCGCCAUUCUGAACGAGUCGCUCAACCUGCAGCUCGUCGUCUUCAUCGCCAUCUUCGCUGAUAUCGCAACCCUAGCUAUUGCCUACGACAAUGCUCCGUACAGCAAAAUUCCAGUAAAAUGGAAUCUGCCAAAACUCUGGGGCAUGUCUAUUCUGCUCGGCAUUGUUCUCGCAGCUGGCACUUGGAUCACACUUACCACCAUGUUUCCGCAUCAAGUCUCUCCGCCCCAGGGAGUAGACGGUGGUAUAGUGCAGAACUACGGCCAUAGAGAUUCAGUCCUCUUCCUUGAAAUUUCACUCACCGAGAACUGGUUGAUCUUCAUCACGCGGGCUAAUGGUCCAUUCUGGUCAUCAUUGCCAUCGUGGCAACUCACUAGUGCUAUUCUGGUCGUCGAUAUUGUCGCAACCUUGUUCGCAAUUUUUGGGUUGUUUGUUGGCGGUCGCACCAACAUUGUUGCAGUUGUACGAGUGUGGAUCUUCUCAUUCGGGGUGUUCUGCGUCAUGGGUGGAGUGUACUACCUUCUCCAGGGAAGUCAAGGCUUUGACAAUUUGAUGCACGGAAAGUCGCCCAAGAAGGAUCAGAAGCAACGAUCACUUGAGGACUUCGUCGUCUCGCUGCAACGAGUCUCAACGCAACACGAGAAGACGACAUAG